UUGAAGUCUUUGAUGGGCAACAGGAAACGAAAAGUAGAGAAAAAUUCGGCAGAGCUUACUUUUGGGACUUGGACUCUCAAUUCGUAAGGGACCACGGAGAAAAGCAUUAGUCUUUGUUUAGAAGAAACGUACAGAGGCUUGUGAAAUUGUUUUUUAGCAAUAGUUUAGUUUUUCUUUCUUUUUCCUUGUCAUGCGCACGCCUACUGUUCGACAAAGUUUCCCAACAGGAGAAUCAUCUUUUGCUUGAUUAAUUAAUUAAAGACGGUUUGAAGUUCAUGAAUUCAAUCACUUUGCGUGGAGAUUUAUUUAUGCGGCGUGGCUAAACUUUUUGUCUAGUCAAGGAUCAACGCGACGACGCAGUCCCGAAUACCUUAGAGAAGACUGCACGCCGAACUAGGAAAGAAACUAGACAGCUCAGAGAGGAGCAAUCCAGUAUUGCACCUCAAGGAGUGGAUCCAGAGGUGAAGUCGAUAAAUUUGCGGGGUGACCACUCGAGUGAUUCGGAUCAAGAGGAAGUCACCAUGGCAAAUGCACGAACAUUGAGGGAGUUGGCUACCCCUGAUUUGACCCAACAACCUUUGUGCAUUACUUUUCCAAGUUUGAAUGAUAACACUUUCUUUGAACUAAAAUCUGGUCUAAUUCACUUCUUGCCAUCUUUCUAUGGUCUAUCAGGUAAGGAGCCCUACAAGCACUUGUAAGAGCUUGAUGUCGUUUGCAAUAGUAUGAACCCCACGGAAAUCACAGAAGAGCAGAUAAAAAUGAAGGUCUUCCCCUUCUCUUUGAAGGACUCCGUGAAAGACUGGCUGUACUACCUACCACCAGUAAUUGCAGAGCCAGAAAAAGCUAGACAGACUUUGCUGCUCCAAAGUGCCAGGUCUAUACUGAACCAAAGUGCUGCAAUGGCAGAAGAAGCAGAGGUAGUGAAGAACAAGCAGGUGGUGUUGAAAAACUAUGCAACCGGAUUCGUAAAAGACUCUGAUUUCAUCAUCAAAACAGACAGCACCAUGAGCUUGAAAGUCCCAGAAAGCUCCAGUAAAGGGGUAUUGGUUAAGAAUUUCUACUUGUCUUGUGAUCCUUACCUGAGCUUUCUCAUGCAAAAAUCAGAUUCUUCUCUUGAAGCGCAAUUCUCUCGUUUCUCCCUUGGCUCUACAAUAAAUGGAUUUGGGGUAGCUAAAGUAGUGGAUUCAAGGCAUCCAAAGUUCGAGAAGGGUGACUUGGUGUGGGGUAUAACUGGAUGGGAGGAGUACAGUCUCAUAGCAGAACCUGAUUCUCUUUUCAAGAUUGAGCAUACAGAUGUACCCCUUUCCCAUUACACUGGACUUCUAGGUAUGUCUGGUUUGACUGCUUAUGGUGGACUCUUUGAGGUUUGCAAUCCAAAGAAGGGAGAAAAAGUAUUUGUAUCUGCAGCAUCUGGUUCUGUUGGCCUGCUUGUUGGACAAUUUGCAAAAUUGACAGGCUGCCAUGUAAUAGGAAGUGCUGGAAGUAGAGAAAAUGUACACAUGGUUCUCUACUGCAGAGUUGAUCUUCUGAAGAAUAAGUUCGGAUUUGAUGAUGCUUUCAAUUAUAAAGAGGAGCAGGACUUGGAUGCAGCUUUGAAAAGGUACUUCCCUGAAGGAAUUGAUAUUCACUUCGAAAAUGUUGGGGGAAAGAUGUUGGAUGCUGUGCUUCUCAACAUGAGAAUGCAUGGACGAAUUGCUGUGUGUGGACUGAUGUCACAAUACCACCAAGAGAAACCUGAAGGACUAUAUAAUGUGGCUUCUAUUCUUAUCAAGCGUCUUAGAAUGGAGGGAUUUGGUGUGUUUGAUUACCUUCACCUCUAUCCGAAGUUUUUGGACCUUGUACUACCACAAAUCCGAGAAAAAAAGAUCACCUAUGUAGAAGACAUUGCAGAAGGCCUUGAAAAUGGUCCUGCUGCCCAUGUUGGUCUGUUUAGUGGUCGCAAUGUCGGGAAACAGGUUGUUUUGGUUGCUCGUGAAUGAUCUCAGGUUCCUUUGACCAUCCCUUUGUACAUGGAGUAUGUACCUGAGUCUACUGGCUAUUAGCAAUUUAAUUCCGCUAGUUUGAGCUCUCAUGCGUUUGUGCACCUGGAGUUCUUUGUGAACUUUAUCAGGCCAGAUAAUACAGUGCCAAGUUGAAGUCAAGGAUGAGUAAAUCCUGAUUUCGAUUUGUUGCCAUCAGAAUCUACGCAGAUAUUUUCUGUUUCUUGUUUCAGAUGAAUAAAUAAGCUUACCUAUCAGAACA